UUUACUUAGGGUUGUACAACUGCACUCCAACUUAUCCUAUAUUUUUUAUUUAAAUAUUUUUUAAUACAAUCUUUUCUUGUACUUACGCCUAAAUUUUAAAUUACUAAUAUAUAUGUAGUAAUUUUUUACUUUGAUAGAUUGCUCUUCUACACAUUAUAUCUAUACCGAGAAAAAUAACGAAUGUAUAAAACAGACGUAUGUAGAGUGUACUUAACCUUAUAAAAUCUAAGAAAGGUGAUAUAUGUUAUAAAAAUAGAAAUUGUAGAAAAAUAAAACUUAUAAAAAAGUAAAAAUUAUGGAGAAGGAAAAAGUACCCACUGUCUUCCAAAAGUUCACUAUUUUUAUGGAACGAAAUAAUCGAGCAGUAGAGUUUAUUAGCUACGGCAUCACUGGAAUUGGUUUAUUAUUCGCAUUGUAUAAAAUAAGGCCAUUUGCAAAAUUUAAAAAACCAUCUGAUGUACCAAAUCAUUUUCUACAAAGUACAGAAUUACAAGGACGUGUAACACAUAUAGAUCCUUCAUAUGGCGUAUUGCUUUUGAUAGAUCAUAAACCUUUGAUACCUUUUCCACAAUUAGGCAGGGAGAAGUAUUUACCUAUAAAGUUAGCUGGCAUUAAUACAACUAAUCAUGUAUAUUUUAAACGUACUUCAAAAUAUAUUAUUAUAGGUAUAAGUUGGUUACAAACUAUAAUUCGUGGAGAAAAGAUUACAUUUCUUCCAUUAACUAAAAAAAAGGAUUAUUUAAAUUGUAUUGUCACUUUUUCAGGAAAAGAUCAGAAAUGUAUAAAUAUCGCGGAAGAAUUAGUAAAGCUAGGUUUUGGUUCAUUAUGCACUGAUCAAGAUUAUUUAUUAAAUAACAAAUCUACAUUAAUAUAUUACAAGUCUUUAGUCAAAGCAGAGAAAUUUGCACAAUUUAAAAGAAAUGGAUACUGGCAUUCGAUUAAAAAGCCAACAUUUUUAUGGAAGAUCAAAAUAUUUUUCAGUGAAAAGUUAAAAUCUUUAUUGCCAAUAUUUAUAACAAAACAGCUGAAUAUUUAAAUAGAUCUAUUCAGUAUUUUCAAUUUUAUAUACUUUAUCAAAACAGAAUUGUAGUUUCAAAAUGUAAAUCACCUGUUUAUAAAUAUUAUACAAUAAAAAAUUAGUGCUCCUAUUGA